AUGGGCGAGAGGGUCGUCUUGGGAGCCGGAAUUCUCUUUGCCAUGUCGGGAAUUAUAUCCAUGUAUCCUUACGGUGGUCCCUUAUCGCCUUUGAAAUUCAUCAAUGAAACGGUCCAAGAGGUGACGACCGUCAGCUUCUCUUCGAUGGAAUAUUCGAGCAGCGAUGAUUUGCCUAGUUGUUACAACGCCUCUUUAGCAUUGACUGACGGAGCUGGAUGUCCUGUCGAUAAACAGCCUUGGUGUUGCGAAACACCGGCCAUUCAUCCUGAACAGCUGAUUGUCGGUUACCUCUUCAUAUUCACCGGAGUUCCACUCGCCAUUAUGAUGUGUAGCGUCAUUUUUAGCAAAGUUCUCGGUCCCUAUCCGCAGGGCACUUGGACGGGUCUUUUAGGCGCUGGAACUGCUGUGGCACGCAUAUUAUGUCCGCUUUGCGUCACCAGUUUGUACGCUGCGUGGGGAAUGCUGGCCACUUGCGCUUUCAUGACCACCGUCAUGUCCGUCGUCCUCGUCAUCUUCGCCACGUCGUACGGCCGCCUCGUGCCGUACCGACACGCCACGUAAUUCUCCGAAUUGGUCCUAAAAUGGUUUUGAAUUAGUCGAAUUUGCUCCAUCAAACGGAUUCAAAAUCAAUUGUUUAAAAGUAUUUGACUUGUAUAGGCAAUAACGAUACUAUCUAAUCUUAUGCAAAUGAAGUUGGUUUUAUCUGGACGCUUAUCAGACGCUAGCGUUUUUUUCUUUUCGACUACGCUAAAAACAAAUGUUGAAAUAAAUGCGUUAAAAUGCA